UCAAAGCCCUCGCAACAGUCGCAGCGUAACUUAUUUAUUUCUUUCUUUCUUUUACGUCUUUGACCCGAAUAAAAGAAAUUCUUACGAGAAAGUGUUCUAGCUUGUUGAAAAAUUCGUUUAGAAUAUAGAUUGGUUGUAGAAAUGGCAUCCUGGGCGUUUAAAGUUAAAAGUAAGAAUGGGCAGCAGGUAUUGAAAGACUUGACCUCUGAGAGUACUGUGGGCGAACUAAAGGCGUUUUUGUGUAGUAUCUCCGACGUGGGUUUUGACAAACUCUGUGUUCUGUCUGGGUAUCCGCCCAAGCCGCUGGAUAUCAGUGAUGAUGAUAAGAAAUUGGUUGACAUUGGUUUGAAAACUGGUGAGACUUUGAUAGUGGAAGAAAAGGUUGGUGCUGGUAGUAGUAAACCUGCUGAAACGAAACCUAUGGAUCCGAAACCUGAGGAAUCGAAGCCUGUGGAAAACGGAGUAGCAUCACAUGAGACCCUAGCUGCCUGCAGACCUGGAAUCCUGAUGAAAAAAGUUGUUCCCUCAGAUAAUUCUUGCCUCUUCACUAGUAUAGGUUUCGUAUUAAAUGGUCAGGUAGACACAUCAGCUCACACUCUAAUGCGACAGAUCAUAGCAAUGGAGGUUGCAAGUGAUCAUGACACAUAUAACGAAGGUGUUCUCGGGAGGCCCAAUGCCGAGUAUUGUGCGUGGAUACAACAACCUAGUUCAUGGGGAGGUGCUAUUGAGGUUGCAAUUCUCUCCCGGUUCUACGGAUUGGAAAUGGCAGUAGUAGACACCCUUAAUGCAAUUAUAAAUAGAUUUGGCGAAGACAAGAAUUACGGUCAAAGAGUAUUUCUGCUAUUUGACGGAGUGCAUUAUGAUCCUUUGUAUUUGGAACAGUCGGAUGGUGGAAUCCAGACAAUAUUCCCCGCAGAAGACAUGGACAUCUACCAAGAAGCUGAGCAAUUAGCGAAAGAAGCCAAAUCCUCAAGACAGUUUACAGACCUUAACAAAUUUACCCUCAAGUGUAUGGUAUGUGACAAGUUCCUAACUGGACAAGUGGAAGCCCAGAAGCACGCGAAGGAGACCUUGCACAAGCAUUUCGGGGAAGUUUAGCAGUGUUACUUUAGGUGUGUAUUUAAGUUGUGAACAACUCCUUUGAGCCGUCGCCCGCUGAGUGCGUGCGCGGCGUAGAGGGAGCGGGCGCGGUUAAUGCCAGCGCCAUCUCCCCCUCAAUCGAGUUGUUCACAUAUAGAUUAAUUACUGUUUCAUUUUACGUGGAUUGUGUCCUUUUCCUAAUUGUAGAAUAAUUAACUUAACAUUCUUUUUUAAUAAUAAUAUUGCCACGUCGAUAACAAUUUUAAUUAUAUCUACAUUUAAGAAAACUCAAUUACGAUGUUACGCAAAAAUAUGCAAUAGAGACUAGACUAUUCAGUCCAGCAAAGAUUAAAGGCUGAUGAUGAUGCAAUAAUAAGUGUUUGUUUUUAUUUGUACAUACAUUGAAUUGGACACGAUUCAUUUUGGAUCUAGCACAGUUUUUGUAAGUAUUUAAUUAUAAUAAACGUGAAUAUUAUAUUUCUUUUGAUUUUAGGGCUCUUUUCGUGAGUAGAAUGCUAGUGGAUUUUUUAAAGUGAGUAAACAAAUCGAUUGUAGAAAUUGACUCAAUACAAUGGUAUUAAAAUAGGUGAUAAUAAUUCGAUAUUCUAACUUAUCAGAUUCCUAAAUAAGCCUUACAUUGUUAGCUUGAUAUAAUAUAUAAUUACAUUUAAAAUUAGUACGGGUAGUUCGAUGCACACUUGAGUCGAUUUUUACGUUCGUUGAGGUUAAUGUACAGUAUAAUUUUUUAAAAUUAUUUUACUCAUAAUGUUAUGAAAAGAUCCCUAUCACAGAUUCAACGCAUGAAUCUAGUGUAGCAAUAUAUUGCACUGCCAAUGUUUUGUUAGAUUUAAUUAUUUAUUUAUAUGUACAAUUUACAUGUAUUUUUAUAGAUGCUCAAUUUAAUAUAAAAUGAAAGAGACGUUUGAAAGUUGUAACUUUGAAGUUCCGAAGUAUAAAAAGGACAACGAAUCCAUGCCUUUGACAAUAGACUAUGUACAUAAAAUAUUGAAAUUGUAAUAGUAGCUUUAUCAGUCAAUUGGUGUAAAUAUGGUCACAAAGUUAUGAAGUGUUUGAGAUGGUAUAUUUUUUAACGCAAUUACAGGAUAAGAUAUAUGAACUUAAUAUCUCCUUACGUCUUCUCUUAAUCGUAAAUAUUGUUUGUUCCCCUCUAGAACAUUGUUAAUAUAUUAUAGGCAGUCCUUUUCUUCUCUUAACUUCAGUGUUUGUCGUUUUCCCUUUUUACAGACUGUUUUUAUUCCGCAUGGCCUUUACGAAACAUCACUAUGACAACUAGUUUUGAAAUAAAAAUUACCUCACCAA